ACACGACUAGCGGCGCAAGACCCGAGCUAGUCCGAGCGAGAACGAACGAAACGAACCCGAACCCGAGUCGCGCGUCGUGUCUUUUUGUUGCCUUUUUGUUCGAGUGCGAGUGAGAGUGCAACAUGCUGUGCCGAAUCCGAGGCCGGAGGUGAAACCGAAACCGAAACCGAAACCGAGUCGGAAGUCGGAACAGAGCGUCCUCCAGGACGGAGAGCAAGCAUCAGGACACUUUUGGGCCAAGUUGGCGCGAGGACCACGCCGCUGCGAACAUAACCACGCUGGCCGUUGACCGAGUGGCAACGCUGCCCGGAGAACCCGCAACCGCGACUGAGACAGAGACCGAAACCGAGACAGAGACAGCGAUAGAGAAUUGAGAAUUGGCUGUUGGAGAAUUGGCAGUAGGGAAGCCCAGGACUCUGACGAGGAGGGACCGAGCCAGGGACGGAGCAGCUGUUGCAUGCCGUGACAGACUCGGUGACGCCGCCGUCGCUGCUGCUGCUGCUGCUGCUACCGCUGCUGUCGACGUCGUGAGUGCCGUGCCGUGCCGUCGUCGCGUCUUUAUUUUUGUUGUUGUUUGUUUUGGUGACCGCGAUCGCGAUAACAAAUUGAUCCUUGAUCCGAGUGAGUGACAGAGAAAGAACUACGAACUGAGAAGGAUAGUGAGAACAAGAGAGAGAGUUGAGUGGAGUGGAGUGCGAGGUAUCGCGUAUUCGAGCCAAUGGUUGAGUCCGCCGGGAUGAGGAGCCUUAUCCUGCCACUGAUACUGGCGCUGGCCGCCGUUGGACCCGCCACCAUCUCCGCCGGCAGCAUCUCGGCUAAUGAUCCCUGCUACUUCGAGGGAAAGCCGCGCAAGUGCCUGCCGAGCUUUGUGAAUGCCGCCUAUGGAAAUCCGGUGCAGGCGUCGAGCGUUUGCGGUGCCCAGCAGCCGGAGCGGUACUGUGAGCUGCUCCGCGACGGCAGCGCCGGCGAGUGCCGCCUCUGUGAACCGCAUCAGCGGUAUGGAGCGAGUGCGCUCACCGAUCUGAAUAAUCCCAGCAAUGUGACCUGCUGGCGCUCGGGGGCGGUCAAUGUGCCCCAUGACCCCGACUCCGCGCCGCCGGACAAUGUGACCCUGACCCUGUCGCUGGGCAAGAAGUACGAGCUGACCUACAUCUCGCUUUCGUUCUGCCCCCGUUCGCCGCGUCCCGACUCCUUGGCCAUCUUCAAGAGCUCGGAUUUUGGCCAGACCUGGCAGCCUUUCCAGUUCUACAGCUCCCAGUGCCAGAAGUUCUACGGUCGCCCAGAUCGGGCCAAGAUCUCCAAGUUUAAUGAGCAGGAAGCCCGUUGCAUUAAUGCCCAGCACGAUGCUGGUGCCGGCGGCGGAGGUGGAGCUGCCCAGCGGUUUGCUUUCAAUACGCUGGAGGGACGUCCCUCGGCCAAUGACUUGGAUGCCUCACUGGUCCUGCAGGAUUGGGUCACGGCCACAGAUAUUCGAGUGGUUUUCCAUCGGUUGGAGCUGCCGCCACAGUUGCUGAAGGCUCGCAAUGCCAAUAGCUUUAGCGAUGAGAUGGGCAGCAGCCGGGAGGUCGAUGAGGAUGAUGAUCCGGAUCUGGAGUUGGAUGGGGAGCAGGACGAGUAUGACUAUAACCUGCAGGAUAACGACAGUGCCGAUGCUGGCUAUGAUGAGGAAUACGAGGAGCCCAAGAAACACCUCGAACUGGAUGAUGACCUGCAUCUGGACUAUGCCAGCGAUGGCGAAUCCACCUCCGGCAAGCGCCACUCCAAGCACAAAGGCAGCAGCGCCUAUGAGAAGCACUACCAGAGCAAACUGGCGGCCACCACAUCGCCACAGCCACCGCCGCUGGUCAAGAGUCUGCCCGGGAAGACCACGCCCUCAAGUACUCCCAGUUCCAGUGCAGCAGCUGCACCUACUCUGCCCGUGUCCCAGCAUUAUGCCGUCUCCGACUUUGCCGUCGGCGGACGCUGCAAGUGCAACGGUCAUGCCUCCGAGUGUGUGGCCACCAUUGGUGCAGGAGCGGGAGCUGGAGUUGAUCAGGAUGAUGGACAGGACGAGGAUUCACCGGGAGGCAGCACUUUGGGUGGACACUUUGGACGGAUGACCAUUGGAAGCAGCGGCCUGCAGCUGGGCGCCAAGUUGGCCAUGACCUGCGCCUGCAAGCAUAAUACCGCCGGACCCGAGUGCGAACGCUGCAAACCCUUUUACUUUGACCGUCCCUGGGGCAGGGCCACCGACAAUGAUGCCAACGAAUGCAAGAUGUGUCAGUGCAAUGGCCAUGCCCGUCGCUGCCGUUUUAAUCUGGAACUGUACAAGCUAUCCGGUCGGGUGUCUGGAGGAGUGUGCUACAAUUGCCAGCAUGACACCACCGGUCGGUAUUGCCACUAUUGCCGCGAGGGAUACUACCGAGAUGCCACCAAGCCGCCGAAUCACCGCAAAGUCUGCAAGCGCUGCGACUGCCACCCGGUGGGCUCCACGGGCAAGACGUGCAACCACCUGAGUGGCCAGUGUCCUUGCAAGGAGGGUGUAACCGGACUGACCUGCAAUCGCUGUGCCCGAGGAUAUCAGCAGACGCGUUCCCAUGUGGCGCCAUGCAUCAAGGUGCCCACCAAUGCGAAUAUGAUUCAAGCUGAAAGCGCCGGCGGCGGUGGCGGUGGAGGAGGUGGCACAGGUGACUACAAGGAUGGCGGCGGUUCGCAGGCCGAGGAAAUGAAAAAGUAUUGCGGCAAGUGCAAGGCCAGUCCCAAGAAGCUGAAUCUCAACAAAUUCUGCAUGGAAGAUUAUGCUAUUCUGGCCAAGGUGAUUGGUCAUGAUCGUGCCUCCCAGGACAUUAGCACCGAAAAGUUCUCCAUUGAGCGACAGAAUGAAAUAUACAAAUAUGAGAUCAAUAUUCAGACCAUUUUCAAGAGGAAUCCCAUGUCGGGCACAACUAGCUCCCUGUUGGGACGAGGAAAUAUGAUGCUCCUAGUGCCACGCAAGAGCAUCGAAUGCCAGUGUCCCAAAAUCAAACUGAAUAAAUCAUAUCUCAUCCUUGGACGUGAUUCGGAAGCGGCGCCUGGCUAUUUGGCCAUUGGACCCAGUUCCGUGGUCCUGGAAUGGAAGGACGAGUGGUCAUUGCGCAUGAAGCGCUUCCAGCGAAGGGCACGCAAAUGCAGUUGAAUCGAGCCGGAAACGGAAUAUGUCAGAGCGGAUUUCAAUUUCACACACUUGGCUAGGUAUCGGUUUUUGUAUAAAUUGUACAGUUUACUCAAGUUUCUGACCUUCUUCGGCAUCAUGCUAUAAAUUAAUUAAUCCGUAUCAUCACCAAACAACCUUGAACUCCAUAUUUUCUCCUCCCCCCUGCGAAGAAUCGUUUGAGCCACACACACACACUAUAUAAUCCUAUACAAUUCCUGCCUAGAUAAGCUACCACCUGCAGUGGCGUUUCUAGUCCAUAAAACGCUCUGCACACUCUACACACACUACACACUCACCAGCAGCUGAUAGAGCCCUAAAAAAGAAGUGGAAACACUUUUAUAAAUCGCCAAAUGCUAAUUACAGUUACAAGCGUGUCCAUUGCAGUUAUGACCAUAAAAAACAGUUAUCAGUUGGGGAAAAACAUAGUGAAAAUCAUCACCCGAAGGGGGGUAUAUUUUCCAGGGGGGUGGUCUAGACACACACACAGGAACAGGCAACACCAUAAGUGCAGUCAUAAACCAACAACACAAGCCUUGACCAGAUGCCAGCCUCUCGAAACUCUCGAACAUGCAACCAGUGGCGUGCUUCAAAAGGGGUUGGAAAUACCCCUUCCUCUUAACAAUAUUAUUAUUAGUUUUUUCUUAGUAUUAAAAAAUUCAUGAAAAUGCCCAGCUAAUUGCUCAAUAUUUUUAUAGUAAACAAAACAACAAUAGAAGCUUAAUCAAAAGAGUUGUGCAAAACAAACUUUCAUUUAAAUAUUUAAUUCAUCAAAA